ACCACGACCUAUCUUCACCUCCAUCAUGGCGAAUAUUGCACCCACCGCUGCGAGGCAGGCCCUCCGCAUUGCAUCCCGCCGCUAUACAUCAUCCACAGUCUCGCGCUUCUCGCCCCGCGUCGCUGCGGGGAGAGGCCAGGCACAGAGGAAUUAUGUCUCAGAGUCGAAGCCUUCGCAGGCUACCAUUAACGUAGAUACUACCAUCAAGGCAGAGCACAAGGCAUUCCUGAAACAGACAGGAGACCGCGCACAGGAUGCCACGAUGCCAACCACGGGCAUGAGCGCCGAUGCCAUGAUGAGUCCAAGUGCUGGUAUUCUGAAGCAAGCCACCGUCAUGGACCAAGGCUCACGGCCCAUCUAUCUGGACAUGCAGGCCACCACACCAAUGGACCCGCGAGUAGUAGAUGUCAUGAUGCCCUUCAUGACUGGCCUGUAUGGCAACCCACAUUCACGCACCCACGCCUAUGGCUGGGAGACGGAUAAGGGAAUAGAGGACGCGCGAGCGCACAUUGCCGACCUCAUUGGCGCAGACCCAAAAGAGAUCAUCUUCACCAGCGGUGCGACUGAGAGUAACAAUAUGAGCAUCAAAGGUGUAGCCCGCUUCUUUGGCCGAUCCGGCAAGAAGAAGCACAUCAUCACCUGCCAGACAGAGCACAAGUGUGUCCUCGACAGCUGCAGGCAUUUACAAGACGAAGGCUUUUCCGUCACGUAUCUUCCCGUACAAACCAAUGGUCUCAUCGACAUGGCCCAGCUUGAGGCUGCCAUCCGGCCAGACACCGCCAUCGUCAGUAUUAUGACUGUCAACAACGAGAUUGGUGUCGUACAGCCAGUAGAGGAGAUCGGAAGGCUUUGUCGAUCGAAGAAGGUCUUCUUCCACACUGACGCGGCGCAGGCAGUCGGCAAGAUUCCCAUUGAUGUCAACAAGAUGAACGUGGAUUUAAUGUCCAUCUCUGGCCAUAAAAUCUACGGACCCAAGGGCAUCGGAGCGUGCUAUGUGCGACGAAGGCCUAGGGUCAGGCUCGACCCCAUCAUCAGUGGUGGCGGUCAAGAGCGAGGCUUGCGGAGUGGUACUCUAGCACCUCCUCUCGCCAUCGGAAUGGGUGAAGCCGCACGGAUCUGCAAGGAGGAGAUGAGCUAUGACUCGAAGCGCAUUGGCGCGCUUUCGAAUCGUCUUCUUGAAGGACUUUUAUCCCUGGAGCACACCACACUAAACGGUGAUCGGGAACGACAUUAUCCAGGGUGUGUGAACGUGUCUUUCGCCUACGUCGAGGGAGAAUCACUCCUUAUGGCCUUGAAGGACAUUGCUCUCUCUUCCGGCAGUGCCUGUACUUCGGCAUCCCUCGAACCCAGCUACGUCCUUCGAGCACUUGGUAGCAGCGACGAGAGUGCGCACAGCAGUAUCAGAUUUGGUAUUGGUCGAUUUACCACAGAUGCGGAAAUCGACUACGUGCUCAAAGCUGUCAAGGAGCGAGUUACAUUCCUUCGAGAGCUCAGCCCGCUCUGGGAACUGGUGCAGGAGGGCGUUGACUUGAACACGAUUGAAUGGAGCCAGCACUAAGCGUUUUGGCAGAGGAAAUACCCAGUAGGAGCUUGUAUAAUACCGCAGUGCACUUUUGCCACGGCAGCACGAUUAGGUUCACAC